AUGGCUCUGGAGAAGUGCUUAGGUGUAACCACAGUAGGCACAGCCACACCCCAAUGCUUUUCUCCAUGCUUUCCAACCUCAAGGGAAAAGCUUGUUUUCCCAACUCAUAGAGGUUUAAAGAAAUUCAUGCCAAACUCAAAACUCUCGCACCAAUCUCUCUACCCUAUCUGCAGAAAAUCCCGUUUCGUUUGCAAUGCUCGUGAAGCAGUAAAUGAAGUUAAAGUGGUGACUGACUCAAGCUGGAACAGCCUUGUAAUUGCCAGUGAGACCCCUGUUCUUGUAGAGUUUUGGGCACCAUGGUGUGGUCCAUGCAGGAUGAUAGCACCUGUUAUCGAUGAGUUAGCAAAGGAAUAUGGUGGAAAAAUUGCAUGCUUCAAGCUUAACACAGAUGACUCUCCAAACAUUGCAACACAGUACGGCAUCAGAAGCAUACCAACAGUUCUGUUCUUCAAGAAUGGAGAGAAAAAGGAAAGCAUAAUUGGUGCAGUUCCCAAGUCAACUCUGUCCGCGACAGUUGAAAAAUAUGUUGAUUUAUAA